CAGGAUCUUUGUAGCGGGCAUUGGCUUCUUCAGCCUGUGUUUCCUAAUGACCUCCCUGGGGGGCCAGUUCUCGGCCAAGCGUCUGGGGGACUCUCCCUUCACCAUCCGAACUGAAGUGUUGGGGGGCCUGGAGUCUCGGGGGGUCCUGAAGAAGAUCAGUGACAUGCUGGAGGUGAUUAUGAAGCGCAUUGACAACCUCUCCAGAGCCACGGGCAACACCAGCCACUCACACAGACUGGAGGAGCUCAGCACCGCCCUGGACAGGUGGCGUCCCAUGGGCCUGGUGGAGCGUAUCCAGGCUAUUGCUCAGAACGUCUCAGACAUGGCUGUGAAGGUGGAGCAGAUCCUUCAGAGGAGCCAGAGUGCCAGCAAAGUGAGAGAUGGCUUGAUGGGCCAGUGUGACGUCCCAAAGGAUCCUCUAUACCCAGACUGCCCCAGUAAAGUCGACUGGAUGCGAGCCCGGUGGAUGUCUGACCCGUGUUACAGCUUCUAUGGUGUGGACGGUUCAGACUGCUCCUUCCUCAUUUACCUGAGUGAGGUUGAGUGGUUCUGCCCCCCUCUGGCUUGGAGGAACCACAGCAGCACGCCAACGACUCACCCUGUACCACACAUACAAGCGUCUCUGCGUUCGGAUGUGGGGCCUCUGCUGGAGCAGGUGGGCACGGGUAAGGAGUCUCUCAGCUUCAUGAGGAGACGCAUACGCAGGCUGGCAGCGCAGUGGGCCGCAGCCGCACGACGACUCCACACACGACUGCACAGCCAGGACAGGGAGCAGAAGAGGGUCUUGGUGCAUGUGGGCUUCCUGACGGAGGAGUCAGGGGACAUGUUCAGUCCUAAGGUGCUGAAGGGGGGGCCCCUGGGGGAGAUGGUUCAGUGGGCCGACAUCCUGACGGCGCUGCACGUCCUCGGCCACAGCCUCCGGGUCUCCUUCUCCCUCAAGGAGCUGCAGGGGUUUCUGGGGGUUCCUCCUGGGAGAGGCAGCUGUCCUCUGACUGGUGCGUUCCCCUUUGACCUGGUCUACACCGACUACCACGGCCUGCAGCAGAUCAAGAAGCUCAUGGGCCUCUCACUCAAGAAAUACAGGUGUCAUAUGCGGGUGAUUGACACGUUUGGCACGGAGCCAGCCUACAACCAUGAUCUAUAUGCCACCCAGCACAACUACCGCUCCAACUGGGGCUACUGGAACCUCAACUGCCGCCAGUACAUGACCAUGUUCCCGCACACGCCAGACAACUCCUUCAUGGGCUUUGUGGCGGAGGAGCUGAAUGAGACUGAGAGGAGGAGCAUCCAGAGGAACAAGGUGACCAACAUGGCGGUGGUGUACGGCAAGGAGCCCAGCAUGUGGAAGGGGAAGGAGAACUUCCUGGCGGUGCUGAAUCAGCACAUGGAGAUCCACGGCACCGUCUACUAUGAGGCCCAGCGGCCUCCAGAGAUCCCGGCGUUCAUCAAGAACCACGGCCUGCUGCCCCAGCACGAGCUGCAGCAGCUCCUACGCAAGGCCAAGGUCUUCAUUGGCUUUGGCUUCCCAUAUGAAGGUCCCGCCCCUCUGGAAGCAAUAGCCAAUGGGUGCAUCUUCCUCCAGCCCAAAUUCCAACCACCUCACAGCUCCCUGAACCACGAGUUCUUCAGGGGCAAGCCCACGUCAAGACAGGUCUCCUCCCAACACCCGUAUGCAGAGCAGUACAUCGGGAAGCCCCACGUCAUGACUGUGGAUUUCAACAACUCUCAAGAGCUGGAGGCAGCCAUCCAGGAGAUCAUGAGAACCAAAGUGGAACCUUACCUGCCUUAUGAGUACACCUGUGAGGGGAUGCUGGAGAGACUGAAUGCCUACAUAGAACACCAGGACUUCUGCCAUCCAGAUGUCCCGUUUCCCCCGGUGAACACCUCCAGGUCCUGGCCAGGCAACCCCCCCAGCCCCUUCACACUGCUGCCCAACAGCAGCACCCUGGUGUGGGCCCCCAACGUCACGGCACCCCCCUCUUGGCCUCCCCUGUCUGCCAUGCAGCUGGUGCUGGCCCCUGAGGGCCUCUCCUGCGUCCACACGUGCCAGGAGGAGAAGCUGCUGUGUGAGCCGGCCUUCUUCCCCUACGUCAACAACCUCCAGGCCUUCACCACGCUGCAGGUGCAGUGUGAGGCUCUGGAGGUGGAGGUGAGCCACCUGUACCCGGCGGUGUCCGUGGAGGAGGCCGAGUGCUACCUGCAGAAGGAGCCUCUGCUGUUCAGCUGUGUGGGGGCCGGCCCCAAGCACCGCCGCCUCUGCCCCUGCCGCGACUUCAUCCAGGGCCAACAGGCCCUCUGCAGGGACUGCCUAUGAGGACCAGGCCACCUCUCAACACAAGCUGGGGAGAAACCCGCUGGUCCCGUGCCCACUGCACUGCACUGCAGGGCGGCCUCAGGGAUGGUCAGCUCUGGGGCUACAGCAGGAACAUCUGGCUGCAGCUGGUUCUGUGGAAAAGCUCCAUGACUGGACAUGUGACUCUCCACCUGUAGCUCUCACUGAAGUGACAUGAGAGCUGUGUGGUUGUCUGGCUGGGCCAGUACACAAGAGUCAGUGUCAACAUGAGGGAGCAGUGUGAUCAUCAGUGACAUUUAGCAACAAGUGGUAGAUGAAAGGGAGGAGGUUACAGUGGCACUUGGAGGAUGAACUAGUCUGGGCCACAGAGUCUUCUCUAAGGUAGUGGUGUCACUUGGUGUCCUUGACUGAUGUGGACGGUGAUGUUCACAGGCUUCAUUUGCAUGAAAGUGUCAACAUUUCCCUCCAGGCACACCAAUGAUGUAACCUGGUUCUCAUGCACAAAGUCUAACGAAGAUGCACGAAGCGCGAAGGGUCUGCGCGAGAGCCAGGCUACCAAUGAUGUGUCUCACAUCUACAACAAUGAUGACUGUAUUGUAUGACGGGAGGAGUUUGAAUAUGCAGUUCAUGAAGAGAAACAGAAUCUCAUCAUGAUUUUACUGUAGCUACUCAUCUGUUGGACAAGGGCAUAAAAAAACAAUUUGCACCGGAAACCAUCUAGAAUUUUUACAUGAUGAGGAAAGUUAUGAAUUUAUUGAUUUCUUUGUUUUUAUUUAGCCUAUUUACUUAUUCGAUUGUUUAUUUAUUUAUUUACAACACUUAAUGCUCUGCUACACUGGCCACAGAGUCUGAAAAAGUGUCAGUAUAUUGUUUAAAUUUAAAACCAGACUUAAACGAAGGUUUCAAAUUCUUAAACCAUCAAGAAAAUGUCCCACUAGUUAUAACCCAUACAGUAUAAUGGAAUUGGUCAAUGUGGGGACUUCACUGUCCUAUGAAAUGGCUGUGUGAGUAAGAACGGUAUAUAUGAGUAUGAAAGUUCAGUGAAUCAGGACAGAGUUGUUGUUAAAGGUGCACUGUGUAGAAUGGUGGUCAGAGUAGGUAUUGCAGCUAUGCUGCUCAUUGAAACAGAGCUGCCUAUUGGCAAAUUUGAUAUUUACAUGAAUAUUUACUUAGUAAUACAAUAAUACUUACUAGUAGGACCAAAGUACAGGAAGUGUUUCAGCUACAGAUGUCGAUUUAUGGAAAUUCAAAAUUUUGGACAAGGAGAAGAUCCCUUUUUCAUGUAUGAAGUGUUAUUUUCCCAGUCAUAAUGAAUACUUACUAUUUGAUGGUGGUGGGAUGUAUUCCUGAAAAAGUAACAUUUGUGAAUGGCAACAUUAAUUCUGGAGAUAAACUGGUGAAAAUAGCACACAGUGCACCUUUAAAGUCGUUAGAAUGAUCACUGUGAAAGCUCAUUGUGAAACCGAAGGGAAUGAUUAUGCGCAUGCCAUUUACGGAUAUUAAUUUAUCGCUUCACUUUUACCCUGUCACAGAUAUCAUCAGAUAUUUGUAUACGGGUUCAGCUGAGAAUCCUUUUUUAAUUUGUACGGAAAACGUAUUAAAUUAUCUGUUAUAUCAGG